AUGCGAUCAGGUAAAAUAUUGUCACAUACACCUGAACAGCAGCAACAACAAGCAAUUCCAAUGACUGUUGGACCUUCACAAAAAACACAACCAUAUUCAAUGAAAUCACAAUAUGAACCUCCUACAGUAUCCUAUAAUGAGUCUUUGAAAAACAAGAAUGUUUUAUCAUCACAAGUUAAUGAUUCACAAUUAGUCAAUCAAAUAUUCCCAAAUAAUUCUGUCACAAGUCCAUCAUCAUUAACAUCGGCAAAUCCAUUAAUACCAUUGUCUUAUGCAUCACAACAAGAACAACAGCAACGCAUAAAUAGAUAUAUGGAUCAAUCGAAAACAAAUAAAAAAAAUUCAAAACAUCAAUCUGCAGUUAGUACAGUUAAUGAAAAAUAUAAUAAUCAAUCAUAUGCGGCCUACAAUCAAAAUAGUGCUCUUCCUGAGAGAGCAGCCAAAAAUCGACCUAAUGGUAUUAGAAGUGGUGUACUUCAAAGUGAAAUAGAUGAUGAAGAAACUAAACCACAAGGCAAAUGGGCUCAAUGGCUUUCUGAACCAUUAUGUUUAGGAUUAACACGUUUAAGUGGUGGACUUUUAUUUGGAUCUAUGAUAUUUCUUGCUUGUGGAUCGAUAGGUGGUCUUAUUACAUCGAUUGCUUUAUAUACUCACGAUAGUGAAACGAAUAGUCAAUGGAAAAUCUUAGGCAUGGUUAUUUGUUCUAUAAUGUUAACUACAAUAAUUGCAACAGUACUUAUAUUUAUUUGUUUUUAUAAACAUGGUUAUAUGGUUAAUGCAGAUGAUGAUAUUGAUCCAAUCGAUCCAUUAGCAACAUCAGAUUUUAAACAAAAUGAUCGACAAAAAAAUCCUUUCAAAACAUAUAAAUUUAUUUCUACAAAUGACGCAUCAUCACUACGAUCUGGUAUACUUCAAGAUGUAUCAACACCAGAUUCAAUACCUAAAUUAUCUUUUAAAGUUCAUGAUAAACAAACAAAUACAGAAACAACAAUUGCUCUAUUACGUCUAAAAGAUUUUAAUCGUGGGGUAUGGCCAGCAACAAAUGCUUAUGGUGGAAUGUCAAAACGUUCAAUAGAUCGACCAAAAAUGACUUCUCAUUUUGUUCAAGUAGAACCACAUGAAAUUGAAGAAACACUUCAACCUCCCCAAGUUAUUUAUCAAAUUGUUCCUCCAACAUCAGCUAUUUCACCUCCACAAGUUCAACAACGAAUAAUUCAUAUGCCUAAUGAACAAACAUCUGUUAUUGAUGAUGUCGAAACAGCAAAAAAACAACCACGAACAACUAGUAUGCGAGAAACACAAAAACAAAAUAUUGUUGUACAACCAAAACCUCGUAUUGAACCCAUUCAUAUUGAAGAACAACGAAAACAGCAGAUUGAUAAUAUUGAGAGUGGCGAUGAACAACAAUAUUUUUCUGAAUAUAUUGACAGUAGUGAUGAACAGCCAACUCGCAGUGAACAUGUUGAUACUAAGAAAAAACAACCACAUCGUAUUGAACAUGUUAAUAGUACUGAAGAACAAUCCCAUCGUAUUGAACAUGUUGAUAGUAAAGAAAAACGACCACAUCAUAUUGCUCAAAAACCUCAAUAUGAUAUCGUUGAAGAAGUUAAUGAACGAGCAAGAUCAUCAUCAUCAAUAGAAGACAUUGUUGAUGUACCAACAAAACAUGAAAAAAAACAUGGCAGAAAGAAAGAUAAAAAAAAACAUGUUGGAAAAGUUUCUGUUAAACAUGUGAAACCAAAAACAUAA